AAGUAUUUUGAUUUUUGGUCAUUUAUUUGUUCUGUCUUGCUGCUAUGUAGAAGACUUGCAGGAUAAGGUUGUGUCCUUGCAUCAAGAAGUGAUAAUCACGCUCGUAAUGCUCAUUAUGAAGUAUUUCUGGCACUGCAAACUCAGGAGCCUGCCGCCUGUUAGAGGCUCGGGAGUCUGCCCCUGUACUGUGAUGCUGAUGAAAGCAGUUCUGUGAGGAAUAAUGAUUGAUAUGGAAGAUUGUUUAUCAUUAUUAUAACGGUGCUGUCGGUGUUUGAGAAAAGGUCUUCCACAAACUUGAAAAACUGGUUAGAGUGCAUUAAAUUAGUAAUUUUAAUUGUGUAAAAGCUUCCCACUUAUUUUCAGCAUGUUGUUUUACUCAAGUAUUUUAUUGUAAAUAGGGUUAUUUGGCACUUAAGUAAUUAAAUCAUUCAUCAAUGAGAUGAGAAUCAAAAGAUGGUCUUCUUUGAGCUGACAGAUUUUUGCAGAAGGUUUUGAAAUAGAACUUCAUCUCUCGGAAGCCAGUAAAGCUGCUCUGCAGAUGUCCUUAACUCUUCGAGGAGACGGUUAGUGCUGGUUUCUGUGCAAAGUGCCCCAGGGCAGGUUAAAGCGAUGAAGGGCUUGCUCUUACGCAUCUCCUGCUCUGCUUCCCUGUCUCUGCUUUGUUGUGAUCACAACCCCCCCCCACCACCACAAAGUAACAAAAGCAAAUAUGCAGUGUAGCUUCACAUCAUCUUAGCAACGGAGGCAAGAAUCCCAGGAUCUGUGCCGGUGUCUUGUUGUUGUCAUUCCUCUAGGAUGCAAUUUCCUUCCCUGAGGUAAAAAGCCGUCAGUAGUAAAAUGUGAUGAAUUAGUUCACUCGAGCAGACUCGCCCCUCUGCGUGUUGGUGUGUGCGUGCGUGCGUGGGUCGAGUGUGUGUCGGCAUGGAGAAGGCUGUGGGGGAGAGUGCUGGCUGGGUUACUACAGGUUUAAAGCUGACCUUGUUGUGCAUGUACUUAGCUGUAUUUCAGUGCCUGAGUCAGGCUAUGCGAGCUCUGUAAUCCCACGCCCUCGUACACGUAUGCUUGAUUAGUGGUAGUUGUUAUCUGGGAAGAAGACAGUCCGCCCUCCUUGGGCAUUGGUCAGGACGGGGGCACAGGGGGGCGUCAAGUCGAAGGAGAGAGAUAGGAAGAGAAGGAUCCACAUUAGUAUUCUGCUGGAGCAUUGCUGCCUGCAGAGCAAAUUGAUUACUACAGUGUACCUGUGCUUGGCAUCACAGCUUUGGAAGAAAGGUGUGUCUCUCCUUCAGCCUGAGGGCAGGAGUGCUGGAAGGUAUCUGUCAACUCAUAGACCUUCCUGAUUCUCCAAUCAGAUUUCAGACUCAUCCACAGUAAAUUCAUGCAUCACAAGGGCUUUUGUGAAACCCUGCUGACUGCUCUCUAGCCGCUGGAAUAUAUUAAUGGGACACCAUUGUGGAUGGAGGAUUAUGAAAGUUUCACUGCUACAGAAGGAUGUCAGCUGGAUAGGCUGCUAAAGACACUUGAGUCUGCUGUAUUAGACAUUCUUAAUUUUUGUGUUUUUGACUAAAAUUGAUUUUGUGACUUUUAUGAUAUCAAAGGCAAAACAUAUCUUUGUUGGGGUUUUUUUUAGUUGUUAAUUUCAAUAUAAUUCUGAGGAGUUUUUUAAGUACUGGUGACAUACCAUACAAGGGAAUCCUACUAUUGAACAUGACUCAUGGGGAAGAGCCUGGCUCUGAGAUGCACCAGGAUUCUGCUGUUUUAACUUAUCUGGAAGGUUUACUAAUGCAUCAGGUGUCAGGCAGACAAAGUGCCGCAGCAACAAGACGAUCUGAUGCUGGGCACAGUGAGAGGAAUCAGAAUAACAAGACAGUUGGAAGCCACCAGCUGCCGAACCACAGUUCCAAUCAGGAGGAUAGGAGUGUUCCUCUUGGAAGGGCUACACAGCACCUUAAAAAGGCCAGACUGCUGCGUUCCUCUGAAGCUUGGAAUGGGCCUGAGACCCAGCAACUGCCUGCUUCUGUGGUGAAUUUAAAUGGGCAGAACAGGGAUCUGCUAACAGGAGCUCUGGACAGUUCUCCCAAAUGCAAAGCAGAGAGCACUCUGCUGGCAUCCCUGCUCCAGUCAUUCAGCUCCAGACUACAAAGUGUGGCACUGUCACAGCAGAUAAUGCAAAACCUAAAGCAGCAAGAUAACCUUCAGAGUGAUAAGAGCACUCAGGUGGAAGAUGAAGCCCUGAGAUGUUAUGGAAGUGCAUCCAGUCGCUUGAAGGGCCUGCUGAAAAAGAACAAAAUGCAAAACCACAAUAGUGUGCCUUACCAACGGAGAAACAGCCAAGAGAGGUUUUCUGAUUCACCUGAAGCGUCACAGAGCAGCGUUCAGCCUGCUGCUAGGGACUCCAUAUCCUGUGCAGCACGUUUGAAAGCCGUGGCCAGCAUCGUGAAGAACCGGUCAAGCCCUACGUCUUCCCCAAAACCCAGUGUUGCCUGUAGUCAGCUGGCCUUGCUGCUUUCCAGUGAAGCGCAUCUACAGCAGUAUUCCCGGGAGCAGGCCUUAAAAGCACAACUAUCUGGCCGGUCGGCCAGUGAGAGACUCGCAGCAAUGGCCACACAACAAACACAGGAUAUAAAGCAGUCUAGCAUGGGACAGCAUCAGGUGUCCGCGGAUAUAGUCAACCCAUUAAAUGGACAAAAUGGAACACUGCCACAAACGGUAGAUUCCAGUAAACCUAGUCCAUCACCCAUUCAGGGGCAGAGCAGAGUAAACAGUUCCCAACGGUCUCUGCAUUCUUUUAGGGACAAACACUCCUUUGACAGACACAGCUCAAGGCCCUCUCCAAACUGCAGCAGCUUGCUUUUGCACCUUUUAAAUAACCACAAUACACAGAAAUAUACCAAUGGCAACAGCCUCAUGGAGGAAGAUUACAGUGUUUUUCCAAACCACAGUUCUCCGCUGCGGUCGGAAAGUGAAUAUUCCAACCUUGAGAACAGCCUCACAAAAGACAACAGUGAUGCUGAGAGCUCACACUCAAGCUGUUCUCCAAUAGACCUGUCCGUGAAGGGCAGGGCCAGUGGCUCAGGGUUAGGUUCUUCUUCGUCUUUAGAUAAAUUAACAGAGACCCUAAUAAGUAACUGGAACCCUGAGACUUCUAGUCAUAAAGUCACAGAGGCCAGAGAAAGUGAAAAUAGCUCAGUUAUAAAACCUCAUCAUAAGGUCACACUUCUGCAACUACUCUUGGGUCACAAAAAUAAUGAAAAGGUAAAUAAAAAUUCAGAUAACCCAGAUUUACAGAGUUGCACCACCUCUAAACCUAAUUGUCUGCCUACUGGCAGAGUAACGCCAAGCAGUAGGUUUGAAGAAACAAGGACAAGAAACUCUCCAGAUGCACUGUGUUUCAGAAAACUGCAGUCCUUGCCUGUAUUUUCACAAGAACAAGACACAAAUGGCAGUGCAUCUCCCUACAGUUUGAGCCUGUCUCCUCAGGUGCAAGCCAUCCCUUUGGAUCUGUGUAAGGCUAAAUCCCACUCCAAUGAAAACGUGGAAGAAUCCUCCUUUAGUGCUAGUAAGUUACUACAAAACUUAGCUCAAUGUGGGUUACAGAAGUCCAUUCCAUCACCACCUGUAGAGACUUCUGUGUCUCCUGGAAUAAGGCAGACAUAUGAACCCAGAACAGACAAGCCAGUGGCUUUGCUUGAGAGACUGAAUGCCCCACUCACAAAGAACAAAACUACAGUUUUAGAGGAGCCACUGGUGAAUAGUAUGAAGCUUCCUUACGUGAUGGAUCCUUCACCUUCUGUUUCUGAGAUUGAGAACCUACUCGAGAGGCGCACAGUCUUGCAGCUCCUUUUGGGAGCCACCACCAGCAAAGAAAAGGCAAGUGGCAAGAGGAAGAGACCAGUGGACAAAGGAGACAGUUUAGAUAAGCAUUCUGACCCAUCCCCAGGCAGUGGAAACUCAUACGAGCCAACGUUGGACAUUAAAAUAAAGACUGAGCCACGAGAUGAGGUCCAUCUAUCUAAUACCAAUGGUGAAGAAAAAAGAAGUCAGGUAGAGGAGAGAUUGAAUGGGGGAAACAACCCUCACUCAUCUAACCAGAAAGACAUUAAAUCAGAGGUUUUAUCUGCAGAAGCUAUUCCGAAAGAUGGCCUUCUCAGCCAGCUUUUGAAACACCCACCCAGCACCUAUCAAGUGAAAAACCAGGAUGUUUGCACUAUCAGUGGUAAAGAAGGGCUGUCAUUAAAUCAGGGGCCAGCUAUCCCUAAAAAGAGGAAACUCUGCAUGGGAAUGGAUGAGACCUUGAACACUGAGCCUUGUAUAAGAGCAGUCAGUGCUGUUCAGAGGGAUGGAAGCAGUGAGCCUUCUGGGUCUAGGACUUCUGAUGGACGAAAUGUCCACAAUGAAGUGAAUCGCCUGGAAGCAGAUAGUCUGCUACAAGUUGGAUGCCCUGUGAGUGAGUCUCUGCCAAAAGAUGGGAAAGGCUUCAAUGUGCUGAAGCAGCUUCUCCUGUCUGACAACUGUCUAAAAGAUAUAUCUCUGCCAAGAAGUGCCACCAGCCCUUCCAUUAUUCAGGCUAACUGCAAGAUCAAUGGGAACAUCCCAAGCAAGUCUGGCUACAAUCAUGACUUUGCCGUUUUGCAGCAUAAUUCUAGUCCCCAGGGUCCAGUUUCUCUGGACUUUAAACCGCUGAGUGCUGCUUCUGAAAGGAGCAAGCCACCAGGUUCUCCCUGGGGUUACCAUGCAGCUCGACAGGAUUCUCCAAAACUGAACCUCAUCCCUGUGAAAAGAGAGCUGGAAGGCCCUAUUCAGUGGGUUAUCAGUGGGGAGGAGAAGCAGGACCCAAGCAUCGAUUCCCCAAGGCUGACUAAGUCUAACCCAAUUUUGUACUACAUGCUGCAGAAGGGCAACUCCCACAUUGGCAAGUUGAGAAAGGCAGAGGCUCCAGAGUGUGAAAUGCAGGUUAAGGUUAAAGAGGAGCCUAUGUCUGAACUGGAUGCUUACAGCCACCGGCUGCGCCUGAAGCAUCAUCACCAGCUCAGCAAUGAGAAGCAAGGAAAUGAAACUGAGAGUUUUAAUAGGACAGUAGAAAAGUGCUAGUUGUUGGUAAGAAGAAAGGAAAAUAGUCCUUCAUUUUGACAUGUAAUGCUCUUUUUCUUUUGUCUGUUGUUUUGUAUCACACUGGUUUGCCUUGAUUAUUUAAUCACUUUUUGAGGAAAAAUACAGUGCAAAAGACAACAGAGAUGUUAAAGAUGUUAAACUAAUGAAGCACUGAAAAUUAGUGAAAAAACUGAAAAGUUUUUUACAUGUACCUUUAAGGUAGAUUUUCAUACUUGUCCAGGCUAACUAACAUGAUGAAGGAAAUUGUUCUAACACUUCUGUCAAAUGUUAGAAUGCCUAUUACUCAAGUGGAAAUAGAAAGAAAUAUAACUUUCUAUUAAAUUUGGCCAAGUUUGUAGGACGAUUCAUGUUAGAAUUCAGUGGCGUGGAAAUUUAUUUUUAAGUUCCUAGACACUGUCGUGCCAUUUAUCUUUAGUCUGGAUUCAUUCAUAUUUAAUGUAGGGAUAAUAUUCUGUUGCAUAUAUUUUUUAACGGGUUUUAAUGAGAAGUUCUCAUUAUUUGUUCUUCCCAUAACAAUAAUACGACCAGGAUCAUACUGAACCAUGCUUAAUAUUGUUAAUCGCUGCCUGCAAAUGUCCGUGUUUGUACGGUGUCCUGUAAAGACACUUUCAGCUUGCAGAAGAGCUUCCCUCAAGAAUUCCCAUCACUUCCCUGUGUUGCUUCAGGAGAUUGAUUUGUUAGUGAUUUUCGAUAUUUUAUUUUCUAAAGCAUCUUUAAUACAGAACAUCAGUAGAUAUUGUCGAAAGAGAAAGUGAUGACCUGAAAAUUGCUCUUUAUCUUAUGAGUCAGAUUUGGAUCUGCAUUAAAAACAGUUUAAGGAGACUAAUUUUUGAAAAUCAAUCUUACAAUCAAGUAUGUUGCUGACAAUGUCUUAUAAACAAUGAGAUAGACCUUGUCUAAAGCUGCUGCCAUGCAAGAGUAUGAAUAAUUUUUACAUCUUACAUUUGCCUGAGGUUGAUCGAUAUGUGUUGUGGUUUAUCAGACUAAAGCCCCACUGUAGACAUUGUAUAGUGCACGCUGCAAGAGACACGUUGAUUCAAAUGCUCUUAUUAGAAUUUCAUGUAUGCAUCUGGAUGUUUUACUAUAAAAGUUAAAAUUGUUAGAAUGCAGGAAAGGGAGUGGGAAUUUGUAAUCACUGAAAUAACAAUAUUGCUGAAGUAUCUUUCACCAAGAAGCCCACAGCUGGCCUGAUUGUACCUAGAUGCUUUUCUCUGGUACUGUUACAAAUCAGGGCCCUCAUGGGUGAGCGAACAUCCAUCAUGGAGCCUUCUUUUCUGAGCGAGUGAUGGGUGGAACCAUAUAGCCAGGCAGAGUGUCUUGAGCUAGGAAAAGAGGAAGACACCUUGGAAAUGUAUCACUUAGGGAUUUUAUUUUUUGUUUGGAAUUAACCCAUCUGUAUUGACGGGUGUUAUUUAGACUUAGCAUGUGAAUGUUAGAAUGUUCAAUAUUUUUAUUAUUUUUAUUUUAGGCAUUUAUUCCGUUUAUUCUGAGAAUGUGUGUGGUGUUUCUACUGACCCCCUAGUGUGAUAACUGUGCCAGGUAAAAAAAAAAAAGGCAGAACUGAAUUUAGAAAGCCACUGUGGCUUAUGAUGUGGCUGUAUGUUUAAUUUCUAAAAUGAAAGUAGAAAACUUGAGCAAGUUAAAACAGCUCACAAAUGAGGGGAGGCUUUUCGGCCCAACUAGCUCAUUAGAUUGCUAGUAGCUGAUUGAUCCGAGAUUCUCAUCCAUCCAUCCCUCAAUGAAGACAGGGUAUCAGCUUUGACAACCUGGCUG